UACCAUUUCCCUGGGAUAAAUCUCGUAGCAACAAGUUGCUUUUGGAGUGAAAAACCCGGUAUACAAAUAUUUUCCCAAAAUGGCUACAAGUUCUUCGGAUGUUACAGGUUUCUCUGGCCAUUUUAGUCCGCGUUCGAGCCAUUCUCGGUCGGCCAGCUGGUCGUACACGCGGGGAGACGGACAGAUCAAUCUUUCCUCUCAUCUAGAGCCGUUAACAUCGGUGAUACGAGAAUUAGGUCUUGGCUUCGGACCGCCAUCAAGACCCAGUUACAGCGAUGGCGAGAUUCAUCGUGAAAAUAUUUCCAACACAGUCUACGUCGAUAUCGGUGAAGGAGAGGAGACCAGGGAACAUCCUCGUGUACUUUCCAGACAUCACAGUACAGUUGAGACUAGCAAUAGUAGUCAGUCAGAUUUCGAUUCAACACCAAAUGACAACACCAGCUCCCAGAACAAUGGCAAUGGAAAUGGAAGAACGAAUGGGGAUAGAAUGGAGUUCCAGGGGACUAUUAAAUGGAUAGAGAAUAGUGUACCAUUUUUGCUGCUGUUACUUAGUAGGAUCAUGUGGGAUCAUCGAUUGGGUAUCCUUGUUGGCGUAGGUCUGACAGGGACAUUCCUUCACGCAAACAACACCAUUAAACGCCAAGUGUCCCUAAAGGAUAAACGCCUGAACAGAAUCUCUGUUUGGACAAUCCUAUUUCUCUGUGGGAAUGUUUGUUUCAUCUACUAUGUAUUCCACAGCCAGAAACUACAGCGAUGUUUGGUCUUUCAACUUCCAAAUUUCUCCAAACUUGAUGUGUGGGUAGUAUUUUGGUGCGUUCUAAUCACAGAUUAUGUAAUUCGAAUGGUCACAAUGGCUUUAAAAUCCUUGGUUAUAAUUGUACAUAAAAGAAUUUUGCCUUUCAAAAACAGAGGAAAAUAUUAUUUGUUAUUGGAAAAUACGUCGCAAUUUUAUCGUAUACUCACGCCAAUCCCUCUGUGGUACCAGUAUUUCACGAAUUACAAUAUUGGUGGAGAAUAUUUCGCCAUUUUUUCAACUGCUUUCUACUUUCUCUUAAAAGCACGAAUUAUAAGAACAAAGCUCAGGGAUCUGUACUCUGCUGUGAAAACAUUUCAAUGUGAUGUCCAAUACGGUACCGCUGCGUCAAAAGAACAAAUAAAUAAAUUGGGAAAUAUUUGUCCUAUCUGUCAAGAGGAGUUCUCUAGAGCAAUUUCAUUACGAUCCUGUAAGCACACGUUCUGUGAUGACUGCAUAUCUCUAUGGUUUGAUCGUGAACAGACUUGCCCUCUUUGUCGGGCGAAAGUCGUCGGAGAUCCAUCGUGGAGAGACGGCAGUACGACUGCCUACAUCCAACUCUUUUAGUCUCAGGACUCUAAUUGGAAGAUGCAAAACAUCAUAUAUGAGAGUGCUCAACGCUGCCCAUGCACUUCAUCACAAUGUAAUUUCCACAGAAAAGAUUAUGCUAAAUUUACACACCGUUGUUUUCUGCCAUCUGGUCUGUCUUCCACAUGGUCAACAUUAUGACACCUGGUUCAUUUGUCCUCUGUGCAUGUUUUUGAAAAAUAUAUAACACAAUAGUAAGACGGGAUUCAUUCUCACCUACAUUCUUGUGACACAACAUCACUCUGUGUCCGAAAUUACGUUGUGAUCUUCGAAUAUUCUACUGUAUAUAUAUUAUCGGCAGUUUGAAUCCAUGGUAUAGAAGACUCUGGUAUGCAUGACCACAGCUUAAAUUAUUGGAAAUUAUAGACUGGUAUGAAUAGAAGCCUGGAUCGCUAGCUGAAAUAAAUGUUUGUAGA